AAACACUGCCCCCUCUCUCACUCUUCGCUCUUCCCACACAAACCAGACCACCGAGCCACUCAUCACCAGCCACCCAUCAAUUCGUCGAAGACACUCAUCGCCUAAUCCACCUCCGCCAUAGUGUGCUCCACCCACACAAUCUCGGUUCGACCCUCCGUAAGUUUUCUUCUUCGUUUUUGGAUGGCUUUCGGAUUGCGGUGGGUGGCUGGGUUUGUGGGUUGCAGUGGGUGAUUGGGUGGUUUGUGGGUUCGCAGCGGUGGCUGGGUUCGUGGGUUUGUGACUGUAAAUAAAAAUAUUUUACUUCAAAACAAACAGAGGAGAGUUACUUUUUGCUAAAAGCUUUGUAGCUUGAAAUGUUAGCAUUUUUUCAUGGGAUACAGUAAUAGGGAUUAUUAGUUUCUAGCUUGAAAUGUUAGCAAUUUUUCGAGUAUCAACCAAUGUGACAGUGAGACAAUUCAGCAAUAUCCUUAGAUCACCCAUUUUCAGCUGUUGUGUCCAAUAUGUUAUUCCAUUACUAUGCAAUCUUAGGAUUUUUUGUGGAAGAUCCAGAAUUGAUCUUUAUCACUCGAUGAAUAUGCCUGGAAUGGCCAAAUUUGAGAUACCCAGAAGAGAUUCUAGUGCCAAUUCGUAUUUGGCAAGAACUAAUUGGCUGAUCACUAAGUUUUUUAGAGAGGGAAGAAUUGGGGAUGCACGCCGAGUGUUCGAUCAAAUGUGUGAGAGAGAUGUGGUCACUUGGACAACGGUGAUCACGGGGUAUGUUAAGCGUGGGAUGGUUGAGGAGGCGAGGAGGUUGUUUGAUAGAGUGGAUGCUAAGAAGAAUGUGGUUACUUGGACUGCUUUGGUUGGUGGGUAUGUAAGGUUGAAAAGGUUUAAGGAAGCUGAGAGUUUGUUUUAUGAGAUGCCGGUUAAGAAUGUGGUUUCUUGGAACACAAUGAUUGAUGGGUAUGCGAGAGAUGGUAAAGUUGAUUUGGCUUUGGACUUGUUUGAUAGGAUGCCAGAGAGGAAUGUGGUUACGUGGAAUACUGUUAUUACGGUGUUGGCGCAAUGUGGGAGGAUUGAUGAGGCACAGAGGUUUUUUGAACGGAUGCCUGAGAGGGAUGUGAUUUCAUGGACAGCAAUGGUUGCGGGUUUGUCAAAAAAUGGUAGGAUUGAGGAGGCGCGGUUACUUUUUGAUAGGAUGCCUGAAAGGAAUGUGGUUUCAUGGAAUGCUAUAAUUACCGGUUAUGCGCAGAAUAAGAAGUUGGAUGAGGCUCUUAGCUUGUUUGAGAGAAUGCCUGAGAGGGAUAUGCCCUCAUGGAAUACCAUGAUUACGGGAUUUAUUCGGAAUGGGGAGUUAGGUAGGGCUUGGAAGUUGUUUAAUGAAAUGCCCCAAAAGAAUGUCAUAUCUUGGACUGCGAUUAUCACAGGGUAUAUUCAAGAUGGGCAAAGUGAAGAAGCCUUGAAGAUUUUCUCCAAAAUGCUGGAGGCCGAUGGGGUGAAACCUAAUGAGGGAACUUUUGUAACAGUUUUGGGUGCUUGUAGUGAUCUAGCAGGUCUUAGUGAGGGACAACAAAUUCAUCAGAUGAUAAGUAAAACAGUCUAUCAAGGUUGUGCAUUUGUGGUAUCAGCACUCAUAAACAUGUAUUCAAAGUGUGGAGAGUUGGGUGCUGCUAGAAAGAUGUUUGAUGAUGGGCUGACAAGUCAUAGGGAUUUGAUUUCUUGGAAUGGCAUGAUUGCAGCUUAUGCGCACCAUGGAUGUGGCAUAGAGGCAAUUAGUUUGUUUAAUGAAAUGAGGGAAUUAGGGGUCCAGCCUGAUGAUGUCACCUAUGUGGGGUUGCUCUCAGCAUGUAGCCAUGCUGGUUUGGUGGAGGAGGGGCUAAAAUACUUUGAUGAGCUUGUGAAAGAUGGGUCCAUAAUCGUGAGAGAAGAUCACUACACAUGCUUGGUUGAUCUCUGUGGCCGUGCAGGGAGGCUUAAAGAGGCUUUUGAUUUUAUAAAGCGGCUAAGGAACAAACCAUCAGCAUCUAUUUGGGGGGCUCUACUUGCUGGAUGUAAUGUUCAUGGGGAUGUGAACAUAGGGAAGCUAGCUGCAAAAGACCUUUUAGAAGUGGAGUCAAAGAAUACAGGCACUUAUCUAUUGUUGUCUAACAUAUAUGCUUCAGCUGGGAAAUGGAGGGAAGCAGCCAAUAUGAGGUUGAAAAUGAAGGAUAAGGGGUUGAAAAAGCAACCUGGUUGCAGUUGGAUAGAAAUUGGGAAUAGACCAUAUGUGUUUGUAGUUGGUGAUUCUAAUGGUCAAUCUGAGCUUAUUUGUUCUUUACUUCAUGAUCUUCAUGGAAAAAUGAAGAAGGUUGGAUAUGUACCACAUGAUGAUUUGAUAGUGGAUGAGGAUUUUGCAAUAACAUAAGACUUGAAUUGGCAUAAAGUUUGAUGGUACUACUAUAGGUGACAUGUAGAAAUGAUGCUUAAUUAGGAGCAUCUACCUAUUAGUCGGCCAUAUUCAAUUGGAUGAUGCUUUGUUCAUCUAGGAUGAUUUAUAAGUUAAAAUGAACCAAAAUUGGAGAGAGAAGGGUAAUGUUGUACUGUUUUUUCACUUUUAUGGGCCAAAGUCCCCUCCUUUCAUUUAUACAAAACAGAGAGAGAGACAAUGGCGACGCCAUGGGCCAUGACUCUAUGGAUGGCAAAGACGGUGUGGGUGGCUCUGUCUGGGUAGGUUUCUUCUUGUUUGACAGUUGCUGAUGAGGUUGCUGGCUCUCUUAGAACUGGUGAUAUGGGAUCCUUCCAUGUUGGCUGGUUGGACUGUCAAAUUCACAAGUCCAAAGCUUUCUGAUCAGCCAAGGCCAAUUGGAAACAAGAGAGGAGAUUGAAUACAUGGUUUGGGGAUUUAAAGCUAUCAUCUAAGUUCAGUAGUUGAAGAGAAAAGAAGGGGGAG